AUGUACAAGGCUGAUAUGAAAGCGGCCAGAGAUUCAAUGAUAAAUUUGGCUAUGAAGAGAUUUCACGGGGCGCCGCGUGCCCUCGUCAUUGGUGAUCCUACGUAUUUCCAAUCGAUCAGUAACAGUGUAGACGUGUACGCAACAGAAACAAAUCCAGAGGAAUUAGCCGAGGCAAUUUUAGAACAAAUUGGUUAG